AUGGUUGGAAUCGGGUCGCGUAUGUCUACUGGGACACAGGACUCUGGCGGCCCGGGAAGCCGGCCGUCCAGCAAAGAUGGGAACAAGAAGAAUAUCUGGUCGUCUAUGUUGGACAGUGUGGCUAGUGGAAAGAGACUACCAGAGAAGAAUAUGAUUGUGCUAGGAGGCACACCCGACAGUCAAAGAGAAUUUCUGGAUACACUAUCUUCGGAUCCUUCAGAUCCGCGCUUACCAAACGAGAGGAGAAAAGGAAAAGUAGCUCCUAUUGCGAAUGAGUUUGCUCUGGGCUAUACUUACCAAGAUGUGCUCGAUGCCGAUCACGAAGAUAUCCUUGCACGAGUCUCGAUAUACCUCCUAUCCGACCCUUCUCCAUCCUUUGCACCUCUAUUACGCCCCCUUCUAACACCACAGUCCGUUCCAGAAACACUAAUUGUAAUACUCCUCGACUGGUCAUCUCCUUGGACCUGGGUCCGACAACUGCGAGAAUGGAUUCGACUCUUGAGAUCCGUGAUGAUAUCGCUAGAGGAUUCAACGAAAAUAGUCAUGGAAGAAGUCAUGACAGAGUGGAAGGAUAAGAAGAGAGGAUUGGAUCCGAACUCGGCAACCGGUGUCACGAACUCUGGAGGCCCGGUGUCGAUUCCUCUAGGGCCAGGCGAAUGGGACGAGGGACUUGGGGUUCCUUUAUGUGUUGUUUGCCAAGGGGCAAAUAAAAUAGAACAACUGGAAAAAGAGAAUGGCUGGCGGGAAGAAGAGUUUGACUUUAUUCUUCAAUUUAUGAGAACUAUUCUUCUCAAGCACGGUGCUUCGCUCAUUUACACCACACCUUUCCUCGCAAAUUCUCUACAAAGCUUAAUCCAUUCGACCUUGGGUAUACAUUCGCUAUUAAGAAGACAAUCGCUCAAACACAACGUCAUAGAUCGGGACAAGGUCCUUGUACCAGCAAACUGGGAUUCUUGGGGCAAGAUUCGCAUUAUUCGCGAAGGAUUUGAUAUUGAGGGAGUCGGCGAUGCCUGGUCCAUCGAGAUUCAGGAAUCAUCACGUCCUUUGGUUAAUGGAGCUAGGCAAGGCGAAGAUGCUGAAGCGAGAGAUGCCCCUACAUAUCCUAUAGCAGAGGAUGGCUCCAGUGCCGUCGCCAUUUACGAGCAAACCAUCAAAGAUCCCAAACAAGACUCGGCUGCUCCAGGAAGCAGUGUCAAUUCGAACCGGAACAAAAUUGAGAUUGAGACGGAGGAUAUGCAGAAAUUCUUGGGCCAACAACUUACGAUAUUGGAUCAGCUCAAGGCAGAAGAUGAAAAGGACCGAGAAGCUAAGAAAGCACCGAAGCCUCUUGAAAUGUCCCCUCAUCUUGAUGAAUCUGGACAUGUUAAUGAACAUAUUGGACCUGUCCAGUUCAACAUGGGCGGUAUUCAAGUCGAUGCUGACGACAUGUUGAGAAAGUUGAAGGAACGAGAAGCCAACCGCACACCCAAGAAAGAAAUCACCUCAUCCACAGGACCAACCGACGAAAAAGCGCAAAAUCAAGCACUCGCCAGCUUCUUUGCAGGACUCGUCAAAAAGCCCGGCGGCAGUCCGCGCAGCAGCCCUGCGCCUAACUCUCAUCAAUAA